GGACAUUUAAUCAAAAAUACUGAGAGCAAGUUAAAUCAAACAUUUCUGUUGGAGGAAAGAAGGGAAUAACACACAUACACGCCGGAACAACAUGGCGGAGGCGGUUAAUUUGUGUAUAGACUUUUUUCUACAGUCCAAGUUUUUGCAAUCUUUGAAGAAAGUAUUUCUGCUUUCUGCCGAACUUGUGGUUUAACCGAUAUACCAGGUCUAAUGGAACUAAUAAUCAUCACACAUAAUGUCAUCUGAAGACAAUAUGGUUGGGCUUUCUAGUAGAGACGCUCUAAAGAAACUCCACACUGUCAUUCAGGGAGAAUUAAGAUCCUACCAAAAGGAAAAGAACUGGAAAUUGGAAGGAGUGCCUAGUCACUGUGGUGAUUUAUCAUAUCAUCCGUACUCCACUUUGCACUGGACUAAUGUCUCUAUACUGUUCUUGUUUGCUGCCCUGAUGUUGAUUUCUUAUGGGAUUCUCAACAGUGCAAGUAAUUACCAGCUGGUUGUGGAAGCUGUUAUUAUACUGAUUUUACUUGUAAUACAUAUAUAUAUUAACUAUAGUGACGACAGAUUGCGAAAAAAAGAAAUGCAAUACCAAGCUGAACAACUACUUAGAAAAUUACAAGGGUGUAUCACCUCCUGUGCGACCUGGGAUGUGAAAUUAUACCCAGAUUUGAGUACACCGCAGUCAAGAUCAAUAUCAUUGCAGUGGACAUUCAGGGACAACUGUCUUGUCAAUUUACCUUGCAAUCUACUUGUCAGUGGUGAUACUAUUGCACUACGUCCUGGUCAGCUUGUACCUGUCAGAGUUAGAGAGGCAAAGCCUUCUGAUGGUAAUGUCAGUGUUGAACUUGAAGUUGGUGAAAUGUACAACCCAUGUCCUGAGGAUGCCAUGGAGGAAAUCGAGGAAGCCGUGGCCCAUGAACCGAUGAAAGCUACACAGUUUAUUGUAUUAGAGACGCCCUAUGCUGAGACACUCAGGAAAUGUUUAUGGAACAGUAUGAAUAGACCAUUAACUUUAUUGCAGAAUAAACAAAUAGUGUGCAGUACUCUAAUUGAGAGAAGAAUUUUGCCGAUUGUUUUUCUGCUAUCUUUAUUUGCUAAUAUACUACGCUAUGUUAAGUUACCAGAUGAUAUGGGACAUUGGAGUACUAUGAUAAUAUUACUGCCAAUCUACACCAGUUUACCUCUUUUACCUUUAGUCGUUCCCACUUUAUGGAUUGUUAUCAAUAGUUACGGUGUCGCGAGAAUCCUGGCAUGUUUUGAAAAGUCUAAACAUUCUGUCAAGGCACAGGUUUUAGAAGCAAUGGAAACUCUGGAUGAACAAGAAACUCUUAUUAAGCAAAAUAUAAGUUUCAAGACAGUCUGGCAACAUUUUUCUCCUGUUCUGUUUGGGAAAUCUACUACUUUGGCAAGAACAGCCAAUAUUAUGCAAACACUUGGAACAAUGACAGAAUUGUGUUGUGUUGACAAGACUGGUGUACUAUCCUGGCCAAACCCAUCAGUGGAGAAAGUCUUCUUCAUCAGUAGUGAACCAACAGAAGAUGAUGAUGAGGAGGAGGAGGUGGAUGAAGAUUUUCUGAAUGAGCAGGAAGAAGAGAAGAUGGGAGAAGUUAAAUCAAACCAUGCACUUGAUAAUGAUUCUGUAUUUGAAUCUGGAAAGCAACCACAGGAGGAAGAUUAUUUUGCUGAGUGUCAUGUUGAAGUUUUAGAUUUGACAGAGAAUCCUAUGACUGAAGACGGAUUACAGUUUGAUGAUUCAAGAUGGGAGAGACAUUUGAAUUCUCUAAAACCAUUGGGUUUAAAUAUUCUUGUGAACACGUGUAACAUGGAGGCAAUGCCGGAAAGAACCAAGUUCAUUGAUCACAUUGCCUGCAUUGCUUCUCUGCAGAAUCUACCUCUCAUUACCCGGCGGUGUCUGUGUGAAUUAGCCCAUCUGAUUGGUUUCUCAGAACAAGCUUACGGUGAUAGAUUUAAACUACAACAGCAGUUGGCUUCAUACAGGAAAAUGCCCAUAGAUAGCAUGCCAAACCAGAGUGGUGUCAGUAGUGUACGUAAAUCUAACCAUAUCAUAAGAAGUACACACUACCUCAUAUGUAUUCAGAUGCUAACAGAAGGCACCGCUGGAAUGGUAUUAGAUGCAUGUACAGAUUUCUGGGAUGGUACUGAUCUCUGUCCGCUUACUGAUACAGACAGAAAGAAGAUCUUAGAUUUCUAUCAUAGAGCAAGUCUUUCAGCCUACUGUUGUGCCUUUGCAUAUCGGCCUUUACCUGCAAUCAUAAGCAGUGAUUUAUGUGAUUCAUAUAUUGAGAUGCCAACCACAGAAGCUAAUGUUCAUGCAACACAUGACACUGCUAGUCCUACAAAGUCACCUGGACACAACUCUCUACGUGCCAAUGGAAAGAGAUAUAGAUCCUCCGGCUCUGUUCAUAUGAGUAAUAUUGAAGACCCUGAUGGUGUGUUUAGAGCUCAGUGUGGUCAGAUUUUUAUUGGGAUGGUUGCCAUGCAGUACCAAGCCAAACGAGACAUUGUUAGUCUUAUUGAGAAUCUUGACAAUGCUUGUAUUAGAUUUGUACAUUUUUCCCCUGAUAAUGAAAUGAAAAGCAAGGUUUUUGCAGAGAAAGUUGGACUUGAAGUUGGUUGGAACUGUCAUAUUUCACUGCGUAGUUCUGAAAUGCCCCCCGCUAACCAUGUGGCCACACAGCUCGGCUACACCACCCCUACCAACAAAAAAACAUCUCAACAAUCACUAAUCAGGAAGAAAAAUGUAGAAGGGGAUGUUUUAGUCGAUGUUGAGAACCUUCAAGUCAAGUGGAAAGACGAAGAAAAGAUGAACAAAACUUUACUACCUCCUAUCAGUGUAAGAAGGAAAUUACAGACAACUAAAUCGCUUGAUAAUGUGUCGGAACACGAGGACGCCGUUAAAACACUCAUUCACAGCCGAUCAUGCGGGAAUGUACCAAUAUGUACUUCUGAAGAGUUCGUAGAAAGUACACCAAUGACGGCUGAUGCCAACCCUGCCAAAGAUAUAUCCUUCAGGGACAGUUCACGAAUGCAAAAAACUGGUAGCUGCAAUCCAGAUGAGUCGUUGAGAUUACGACAUGUGUCAGAGACAUGUACGUACAGUACCAUCGCUAGUGAGGAGUAUGAGAUCGAUGGAUUGUUAAGCAAUCUAACGGAUAGCGCUUUUGAUAUGACUAAUAGAGCCAAACUACCUCGAGGUAUUGAGAAUAUCCGCCCACACAUAGAAAAUGUUGACAAUGUCCCGUUAUUGGUACCGUUAUUUACAAACUCUACACCUGAUGCUACUAAAGAAAUGAUUACAGUCAUGCAAGAAUAUGGUGAAGUGGUAUGUUGUAUUGGUAGUACUGUUAAUGUGUAUAACACUGCAAUAUUCCUACAAGCUGAUCUUGGCAUUGGUAUUGAACCCCUCUACCCUCAGGUGUGCAAGCAACAUCGUGAUGAAGAGUUCCUAAGGCAUUGCAACAGUUCCACUAACAAUACCGAGGGCCUGUUACCUUUAGAUCUCAGUCACAUGUUAGCUGGUUUACCAUGCUCAUUGUCUUUCCAUAGAGAAGACAAUAUAAGCAUUAUUGAGAUGAUCAAGGAGGCUAGAAGUUUCACACACGCCAUCAUCAACUGUUUCAUCUUUCUGAUGUACUGCCAAAUAGCCAUCUCCGUUAUACAAUUGGUUGCAUGUUUUUUAUUGCUACCACCGCCGUUGACAGGAAAUCAUGUUUUAUGGAUGUCUUGCGUGAUUGUACCACUGGUGUCGAUUACAUUCUUCGCAACACCAACUGACCGGAAAAUUAUGCGAUUGGCUCCAAGCAAGAAUUUAAAACACUGGGAUAUGCAAGUGAUUGGUCAGCAUACUCUUUACUUCAUCUUCAAGUUUUUCUUUUCCAUCUUGGUGUGUGUUUUAAUAUUCGCUAUGUGCCUGAAUAAUUUAUGCGUGGACAUGACAGGAAGUCAGCAAGAAUGCCAUAUUUUACUGGGAGAUAGGAACAACACUGAAUCAUGGAAUGGAUGGAAUUCAGAACAUUCCCAAGGGUUGCUACUUACUCAAAAUAUUGUUGCCUUUUUCAUGGUGCUAUAUAUUGCAUUUACAUCUAUCUGCUAUGUACAUCCCUUGAAGUCACUAUGGAGACAGCAUCCGUUCAACAACGGCUUAUGGUGUAUAAUGAUACCAGUCGUCUUAGUGCUACAAAUCAUGUACUUUUGCUUUGAUAUGAUUAUAUGGGACUCAACGCAACUACAUUACGAAUUCAGUCUGCUGGAUGCGCCCUUAGAAGCAUGGCUACUUGGAAUCUUAUGGCCGCUACUUCUUAUUCCGAUCUGUGAAAUUGUCAAGUUAUAUGAAGUCAGGUUGCAUGUUCGCUACCAAAAACGUGCAAAGUUACAGUUUGGAACCAAACUAGGAAUGAAUUCUCCUUUUUAAAAGUAAAACAGCAUUGAAGUUGAAAUUGCAUUCAUCAAACCAAUACCAUAACAGAAACUCUGACAUCUGUGCACUGCAAUUGAAUUUCCUUUUUUUAUGUGUUUAUCAGGAC